AUGACUGUUUAUGUCCUGCAGAAACCCGCAUGCUUAAAGUGUGCAGAUGCCCCCUGUCAGAAGAGUUGCCCAACUAAUCUGGACAUCAAGUCAUUCAUCACGAGUAUUGCAAAUAAGAACUAUUAUGGAGCUGCCAAAAUGAUUCUUUCUGACAAUCCACUUGGCCUGACAUGUGGAAUGGUGUGUCCAACAUCAGAUCUCUGUGUUGGUGGCUGCAAUUUGUAUGCCACUGAGGAGGGACCAAUUAAUAUUGGUGGAUUGCAGCAGUUUGCUACUGAGGUAUUCAAAGCUAUGAAUAUUCCUCAGAUCAGAAACCCUUCCUUACCUCCUCUGGAAGAUAUGCCUGAAGCAUAUCAGGUGAAGAUAGCUCUUCUUGGUGCAGGACCUGCAAGCUUAAGUUGUGCUUCCUUUUUGGCUCGACUGGGCUAUUCAAACAUCACCAUAUUUGAAAAGCAAGAGUACAUUGGUGGUUUAAGUAUGUCUGAAAUCCCCCAGUUCCGAUUGCCGUAUGAUGUAGUGAAUUUUGAAGCCAAGCUUAUGAAGGAUCUCGGAGUGAAGAUAAUUUUUAAUAAAGGCCUUGCAGCGAAUGGAAUGACACUCUCUACCUUGAAAGAAGAUGGGUAUGAAGCAGUCUUCAUUGGAAUAGGUUUGCCAGAACCAAACAGAGACAGUAUAUUCCGAGGAUUGAGAAUGGAUCAAGGAUUCUACACAUCUAAAGACUUCUUACCUUUGGUAGCAAUGGCAAGUAAACCAGGGAUGUGUGCCUGUCACUCUCCAUUGCCAUCAAUACAUGGAACUGUGAUUGUACUUGGGGCAGGAGACACUGCUUUUGACUGUGCAACAUCUGCUUUACGCUGCGGAGCUCGUCGUGUGUUUGUGGUCUUCAGGAAGGGAUUCACUAAUAUCAGGGCUGUCCCAGAAGAGAUGGAACUUGCAAAAGAAGAGAAAUGUGAAUUUCUGCCUUUCCUCUCCCCUCGGAAAGUUGUUCUUAAAGGUGGACAAAUUGUUGCUAUGGAAUUUGUUCGAACUGAACAAGACAGUGAUGGUAAUUGGAAAGAAGAUGAGGAUCAGGUUGUCCGUCUGAAAGCUGAUGUGGUGAUCAGUGCCUUUGGCUCCAUUUUAAGUGACAAUAAAGUCAGAGAGGCCAUGGCACCUAUCAAGUUUAACAGAUGGGGUCUUCCUGAAGUAGAUCCAGAAACCAUGCAAACAAGUGAACCCUGGGUUUUUGCAGGAGGUGACAUUGGUGGUCUUGCUAACACUACAGUGGAAUCAGUAAAUGAUGGAAAACAAGCUUCCUGGUACAUACACAGAUACAUACAGUCCUUAUAUGGUGUUGCAGUUUCUACGGUUCCAGAACUACCACUCUUCUAUACUCCUAUAGAUUUAGUAGAUAUCAGUGUAGAAAUGGCUGGACUGAAGUUUCCAAAUCCUUUUGGCCUCGCCAGUGCAACUCCUGCUACAAGUUCUUCAAUGAUUCGAAGAGCAUUUGAAGCUGGGUGGGGCUUUGCUGUCACUAAAACAUUCUCCUUGGAUAAGGAUAUUGUGACCAAUGUUUCUCCAAGGAUUGUCCGUGGAACUACUUCAGGUCCUAUGUAUGGCCCAGGCCAAGGCUCUUUUCUAAACAUUGAACUGAUCAGCGAAAAAACAGCAGCAUAUUGGUGUAAAAGCAUUGCUGAAUUGAAGGCUGACUUCCCAAACCAUGUUCUGAUUGCCAGUAUCAUGUGCAGCUAUAGCAGGGAGGACUGGACUGAACUUUCAAAAAUGGCUGAGGUUGCUGGUGCUGAUGCACUGGAGUUAAAUUUAUCAUGUCCUCAUGGUAUGGGGGAGCGAGGCAUGGGACUGGCCUGUGGGCAGGAUCCAGAGCUGGUACGGAACAUCUGUCGCUGGGUUAGACAAGCUGUUCAAAUUCCUUUCUUUGCCAAGCUGACCCCAAAUGUCACUGAUAUUGUGAAUAUUGCAAUGGCUGCACAGGAAGGUGGCGCAGAUGGUGUUACAGCCACCAACACUGUGUCAGGACUGAUGGGACUGAAAGCAGACAGCACACCUUGGCCAGCAGUUGGUAGAGGACUGAGGACCACAUAUGGUGGGAUGUCAGGAAAUGCUAUCAGGCCCAUCGCCCUCCGCGCAGUGUCUGCCAUAGCCCGUGCUCUCCCAGGAUUUCCCAUCUUAGCAACUGGAGGCAUUGAUUCUGCUGAAGCUGGGCUUCAGUUUCUACACAGUGGGGCUUCUGUUUUACAGGUGUGCAGUGCGAUCCAAAAUCAAGAUUUCACUAUUAUUGAGGACUACUGCACUGGACUGCAAGCUCUUCUUUACCUGACAAGCAUUGAGGAACUUGAAGACUGGAAUGGACAGAGUCCUGCAACCAUGCGCCACCAGAAAGGAAAACCAGUACCUAGAAUUGCUGACUUGAUGGGAAAGAAACUACCCAGUUUUGGGCCUUACCUGGAACAACGCAAAAAAAUAAUAGCUGAGAACAAGAUUAAACUGAAGACACAGAACAUGGCUGCCGUGCUUCCCGAGAAAAAGCAUUUCAUUCCGAAGAAGCCCAUUCCAGCAAUCAAGGAUGUAAUUGGAAAAGCACUGCAAUAUAUUGGAACAUAUGGUGAUCUGUGCAACACAGAGCAAGUUGUGGCUCUGAUUGACGAGGAAAUGUGUAUCAACUGUGGCAAAUGCUACAUGACCUGUAAUGAUUCUGGCUACCAGGCUAUCCAGUUUGAUCCUGAAACCCACCUGCCCACAGUUACUGACAGCUGUACAGGCUGCACCCUGUGUCUCAGCGUCUGCCCUGUUAUCGACUGCAUCCGCAUGGUUUCCAGGACAACACCCUACGAACCAAAGCGCGGGCUGCCCUUAGCCGUGAACCCCACGUGUUGAGGUGAUCGGUCCGACAGCUAACGUGAACUUUACACUUGUUUGGUGCAAUUGAUUUGCUUUCUAAUUAGUCCUUGAAAAUCUACUCAUAUAAAAAAAAAUGUGGUAUUGAUAGCCGUUACAAUGAACACUGCUUUCCAAUUACUAUUCUUACAACAAUUAAGUUCUGGAAUUACAGGAAGGCGGUUGUGGCUGUCAGUUGUCCGCUAUUUGAAGUGUAACUUUCUCCUCACAAAUUCAUGCUGUGAUUUCAAAAUUUCUCUGUAGACUCUUUAGUGUCUAUGUAUUUUCUGGCUGGAAAUAUAAUUAAGAAAGCAUUUUUAAUGAACUACAAAUCAAUGUACAAGCUAACUGUUUUUAGGGAGGGCAUUUUGUAAUUAAACAUUACAUUUAGUUUUAAAAUAGUUUCUUAGAAGAUGUAAUUAACUACAUAGCAUUCAAACAAAGCAAUUGGCUUCUAUUUUUCUAUAGACAGAAAUGAAAGGGAGUUUAAAAUGGGAUUUAAGAACUGGAUUAAUCACUUUCAACUACUACAACAUAUGGUAGUGUAUUUUUAUAAUCCUUUCUAAGUCUUUCUCACACUAGUCACUUUAUAGAAUAAAUUUUCUUUGCACUGACACAUGCUGGACUGUUCAGAUUUGUGUGUUGCAUGGGUCCUUGACUGUUGCUUCCUCCCCCCAGUGUAAAAUCUCUCUGGGAACAGUUAAACCAGCUUAUUAGGAAGUCCAAGUUGCAUUUCAGGAUUCUGAGAAGCAGGAACAUUUUUUGGUCCAAGCUCAUCAUCUAAAUAACUUUUUAAUUGUGCCAAUUAAUGUUCCAGAAUGUACACGUUACAGGUCAGAGAGCUGAUUAUGUGCCAAUGGACUACACACCCUGCAGGCUGCGUUUGCCAAACACUCACACGCAGGGCAAACCAGCAAGGUGGUUUCCCCCAGUGCCACUUCUUUAUACUUAUAGGUUACGUAUGGUUGCAAUAGUUUCACAGACAAAAAUAAAUAUAGAUUUGUCUGUCUCGCUAAGCAAUAUCUCAAUUUUAAUCCAGUUCUCACUCACAGUAGGAAGUUUCUAAUAUGAACAUAUUGCUGUCCGCUUUACUUCACUUAAGAAUAUAAAGCCUUUAGUUUCAUGACAAUAAUAAAUGAUCUAUCAAUUCAAUUUCUUAUACCGUAUAUUGUGAGCUCCAAAAACUUUGAUUAAAAAUAUACUGUGCCUUUUGUUUCUUGAUUUAUGGAUUGUACACUGAGUUAUAAAUAAAUUUGAAACCAACUUGG